AUGAUCAGACGGCCCCCAACCAUCAUUGCCCUGGACGAAAAUGAUGUUGAAUAUCACCUCCAGAGGAUCUACAUCCGUCAUACCUUGACUGUUGAAUUCGAGCAGCUGCACUUAGACGAGAGCUGCGAUGAAACGGACCCAUCCCCCAGCUCCUGUAUCUCUACGGACUCUGAUGUGGACAUUGACACCACAGAUCUGAGUCAAGAAGGAUCAUGCUUUGGGCCUACUUCUCCAAAAGACAGGAGUUAUGCUUCUAAAGAUGCAAUUGCACACAAUUCCGUGACAAAGUCAUGCCUCAAAUCCCCUAUCCCAAAUCAACAGUCCUCGUUACAAGUGGCAACUUCUACUGGAGUGAAUUCACAAGCAGAUCGGUCUGUUGACCCACCGCGACUGAAGGUGAAAUUUGCUUUGUCACCGCAGGAACUCGGACUUCAUAGCAAGGCCCCUCUUGAAGAAGAAACAGAUCGAGGCUGCCGCGGAGAAAAUCACCGGCCAAGCCACACAGAUGCUAUAUAUACACCCAUGUCUAUUGACUCGCCAUCUUCGACGCAGGUUUCAUUCUUGUCGUGCGGUGUGUCGUCAAGUCCAGCCACCGCAAGCGUCCCACCCCGGGAUCUAACAUUAGCGUCUACUAUGUCUUACGAGGCAGUCUUGGCCGAGGAGGCAGUCUCGCCAACUAGUGCGGCCAAUAGCAUUGGCGAGGACAGUGGUUCUCACACCUAA